AUGAAGCUGAUUGUAUGUAAAUAUCAGUACAUUCUCUUCACAUCGUUUAUCCUAUUGUCUUUGAAUGACUGGUUAAUCCGGUGUGAUUUAUUUCAUAUUCAACAUAUUAAACAGGACAAUACUAACAAGCAAAACAGUGUUCAUCAUUAUAAGAGCGUAUUCUACGAUAAUAAUACUGAGUAUCACCAUCAAGGACAUCACGAACACGGCGAUGAAAAUAUGGAUCAUGUUCCUGUUACAUUUAACAAUAUAACGAACAAUACAUCAACUAGGCCAAUUGUUUUGUUAGAUGAAAAUGAUAGUAAUUUUAUAAUAAAUGAAACUUUAUUCAAUAAACUGACGAAGAAAUUUUCAUCAAAUCAAAAUAUUUCCAGUCGAAAACUAACUAAGCCUAAAGUAUUAACCAACAGGAUAUAUUCAGCAUCAUCUUCCAGAUCGACAUCAACCCCACCACCAACACCAAUUAUAUCCGUUACUAAAAUUAUUAAAAACUGGCCACCAAACGAUUAUCGUAUUGAAUUUAUUGAAGAUCUAGUACAAACACAGAUUGGAAUAAAGUUUCUGAAUGAUGAUGAAAAUGAUUUUUCCCAAAUGAUCAUUAUGCCAAAAAUUUCAUCGAUUUAUAUAGUUAAAAAGCGAGGAACAAUACUCAAGGUAGAUAUGACAUCUUUGGAACAACUUGAUAAAUACACUCUGCCACCAUCAACUAAACCCAUUUCAGAAUGCAAUGAUUCAAGGUCCUGUCAUUCAAUUAAAGAAAUUAGUCUUCUCUCUAGAAUGCCAGAUGAACGCAUGAUAUGGCUUUGCUAUGUACAUCACAAUCCAUAUGACAAUCAUCCAAAUCUACAAGCUGAAAGUGGUUGCAUGGUCCCGACAGUUGAAAAUCUUGCUAUACCUUUAGUUCAGUGGGAAAAUCCUCAUUUCAAUUCAUUAUAUCCUGACAGGCCAGCAAGUGUUUUAAAUGCAGCUGAUGGGUUCACUUAUAUCUCUGCAUUUACCUUGGAAUAUCUACGAAUAUUCCGUGCUUACAUGCCUGAUUGGAAUGGUAAUUUCAAUUGGACAGGUGCACUUGUCACAGACAAAAGUCCAACAUUUAUAGCAGAACCUGCACAGAUUUUACUGACAUUUGAAACAAUGAAUGAAAUCUACUUUGUUCUUCGUGAACAACCAAACUCUCCAAUAACUAAAUGUGGACCGCAACCAGAGAACCCAAUAAAUCGUCUACUACCCACGGAGAAAUUAAAACUGUCACAACCAACUUACUGUUUAACAAGUGUUGCACGUUUGGUGAGAGUGUGUAAAGGUGAUCCAGGUGGUUUGCCACAUAUCAGUGCAAAUCGUUUUGCCACAUUUGCAAAGGCUGAUUUGAUAUGCCCUGCUACAAAUAAAAAUGGUGGAUAUUUUAGUUAUACGCAUAUAUCAGCUGCCUACUGGGAUAAUAAUACGAAAUUACUGUACGCUACAUUCACCACAGAAAAAUCUGCACCAACUGGAAGUGCCUUAUGUGUUUAUGGUUUAAAUGAAUUUAAAGCUUCCUUCAGUGGACCAUUAUUACGUACUAAUGCAAUACAAAAUAAUAUGAGAUCGUCGCCUGUACCGAAUUCAUUUUCAAAUAUUUGUUCAAGAUUCAAUUCGAAAAAUAAAACUGACGAAGAAGUGACAGUUGGCCGUCGUUUAUCUCUACGUUUUCCAUUUCGUUAUUUACCUGUUAAACCAUUACAUGGCCAUGCAUUGCUCGCUCAGACAGGUGAUAUUUGGUUGCAUUUACAAGCGUACAACUUACCUGGGCUUACAAGUCACUACCAACAGCCAGAACAAGUCACAACCAGUAUUAUAUGGAUAGGUACAAAGAAACGCAUAAUACAAUUCGCUUUGUACACACAUAAUGACGUAAAAACAUCAUCUAUGGGGAAAACAUACUCAACAAACGAUCAAGAUAAGCCUACAACAACAAUUAUUUGCAAACUAAAAGAAAUCUAUCUUGGACGCCAAAUUGAAUCAUUUAUAUACAGAAUACCUUCAGAAGAAAUUAAUUCGAAUCGAAAUGAGAAUGAUGCAAAACGAAUAAGAGGCAUGAAUUUACGUCCAGUUCAUUCUUCUGAAGAGACUUUCAAAGAUAGUGAGGGAAUCUUUGAACGGGAAGACAAAGAAAUUCAACAUAUAGAAAUAACAGCUUCAAAUCUAUACAUCAUGACAAAUAGACAGUUGUUUCGUCUACCAGUAACAAGAUGCUUUGAAUAUAAAACAUUCAGUGAAUGCCUUCAAUCAAAAGAUCCACAUUGUGGUUGGAAUUGGCCUGAAGGUAGAUGUUCAAGUGGUUAUCUAUUUGAUUCAACUAUACAGAUUAAUCGUUUAAGUACAUUCUCCCCAUCAGUUGAUCAUAGACAGCAUAGUCAUCAUAAUCAAUGUCCAUCUGAAAGUUAUACAAUGAAUAAAAAUAAAGAUAAUUCAUGGACUCCAUGGUAUGAUUGCAGCUGGAUUAAUUCACAACAGAUAAUUGAUCAAAUCCCGAUAACAAUUGAUGAUCAUAAUGAUAUUGACAUGAAUGACAAUAUUACUGAUUACAUUGAAAUGAAUCAACUAGGCAAUUGUCAAUGUCGUGUUUGUAUUAGUCGAACUCAUUGCAUUUUUGGUAUGCAACAAGUGAAAAAUUGUACCCGCUAUGAUGAGAAUUGGCUUCCUUGGUCUACUUGGAGUAGCUGUGACCUAAUCAACAAUAUUCAAGUGAGACAAAGACAAUGUCGGCCAAAUGCAAUCUGUUCUGGUAUUACUAUGGAACAACGAUCAUGUCUAGAUGAUGCAGUUUGGUUUAAGCAAUCUAACUCCAUACCUAAAUCAGCUGGUUACAUUAAUCCUCGAGUCAGUUUUACAGGUCAAACAGAUGGUUUUACACUUACCCAUUUAAUACUUGUCGCAAUAUGUGGACUGUUAACUGGUAGUUUAUUAACAAUCAUAUUAUUCUGGAUAUGUAGACGCCAUCGACUAUCAUUCAAUGAAAACGCAGUUAUUCAAUCAUCAUCAAGUAAAAACACAUAA